GAGUAGUAAACAAAAAAGACGCUACUUAAAAAAUAACCUUAAUUACAAUAACAGCCAUCGAUUUUAGUUUGAACAGCUUUAUUAUAAUCUGUCAUUGAUCACAACGCGAUGGCAGACGACAGUGAACUGGAGAGGCGUGCAGUGGAGGAGCUCCUCAAGGAAACGGACAGGGCUCGGGUGAGAGCGGAGACCAUGGGCCCUGCAGGAUGGUUGAAAUGCCCACUGCGGAGCACCAACAAGCGCUUCCUCCUCAACACCCUGCGCUCUACCGGCAUGCAACGGCGCUCCAGUGAACCAGCAGGAAAAAGAGGGCGGCCGAGGAGCGAGUCCCCGAACAGAAGCCGCAGCCGCAGCAGAACGCCUCCCAGAGAUCACAUGAAUAAUGGAGGCCACGCAGACCAUAAACAUCACAGGAGCAGCCGCGGUCACAAAGAUAAGAAGCAGGAUAGAAACAUAGAAAGGAGCCACAGGCACAAAGACAACAGAGACCGGAGACACGGAAAGGAUGGUCCGAGCACAGACAAAGACAGACGCUGACUUCGUGAAUGAAAGGACGUCUGUGCAGGUCAGGAACACUGCUUUUCCAGAAGCCACUCCCUGUCCAGGAAACAGAGGUGGACUCUCCUCUGACCGGCCAGCAUGCUCCACAGACCUGCCAGUGGGCUGAUAGGACAUGGCUGGCAUGUUGCAAAUGGAGGGAAGAGACAAAAAAGACAAUAAUUUUACUCCCUGCAGAUGGACUAUUUUUUAAUUUUUUUAAAAUUACUGUUUCACUUUUGAGGGUGUUUAAGUUUUUUAAUUUUUUUUAAAAUUACUGUUUCACUUUUGAGGGUGUUUAAGUUUAUUCCAAAUUUCUCAUACAGCCUGAAGCCGAGUUAAAGUCUUUUUUAUGUAAUAUUUCCACAGAAAAAAAUAUGAAGUGGCCGUUAUAGUCCAGAUAACUUUCAACAAAGCAGUUUGACAUUUUAAUUUGGAGGUUUUUGUUUGUUGUUUAUUGAAUUUCUCUCCUCCCCUGUCACAUGGACUCGUGGUUUGGUGUCAUUCUAUUUCACCUCCAGUCCAGCGGGUUUGAUUUCAAUUAUAAUAUCAUUACCAUUCUUCUGUCAUUAUUCACUGCUCAUAAUGUUUACAUAAGCCAUGCUGCUGUCGCCAAACUUUUUUAACAUACACAUAACAGCUAUCAGAAACGGUUUUGUUUGUCAAAGGAGAAAAAAAUCUUGUUUUCCUGACACUCCUACAGGUGCCCAAGCCCUCUUGAAUAAGUGCUCUCAAGCACUUGGAAUUGUAUUAACUAUACUAUCAACUGUAAUAAUAAUAAUAAUAAUAAUAUCAUAAAGUAUUUAAAUACAGUAUUUCCAUUUGUUUUAGUAGGUUCAGAGGAGUUUCAGGACAACAGAUGGACAUUUACUGAAGCGUUGAAUGGUUGUAAUGCUGUUUAUAUCCGUCUUGUCCAUUUGGCCUGUCUCCAUGUGUUUAAGCUUAGUCUUUUUUUUAUUGUUCUAGAGCUUUAUAAAACGCGGCAGUCUCUUUGGUUUGUAACUCUACGUGAUUACCCAUAUAGCAAAGUGGAGCUACAUUACUCCUCGCUUAAGCCAUUAUGUAAAAUGACGUGUCCGGAAAACUCGGCGAAAUUGCGUUUUUACGCUCCUCACGCUUCAUAAAUCACGUUGUCCGUCUCCACUGUAGUGGAGAAUAGCGUCGCUUAACUGUUUCCUUCCUGUUUGAAACAAUGAUCAAAUAUAAACACCAUUAAGCCAUAGUGAGGUUGGUGAUUUGUAUAGAAUUGGUUUACUUGAACUUUAUUGCAUCGCUGAGUGCCCCAUUAAGAUACCGUGGAAAGUGCCAUAAUCGCUUUUGAAGAACUCAGUGCAAAUAGCCUGUAGA